AGUACCUUUCGAAGACUUUGCUUAUACUUAAAACAAAUUUUACACUUAAAAGUGAAAUUACUAUUCAAGGCGACUAAAUAAAUUCUUAAGAAUACUUUAAAGCGACAGGAAAUAAACAGAAAAUAAGAAAAAGCAAAAGUUUAAUUAAAAAUAUUUUUCAAUAUUUAGUGAAAAUUACUUUCUACUUAAAUGAAAUUAAGAUAAAACACAUAAAUGAAAUAUGAAAUGAAAAUUUGGUAUUUGUUUAUAACAUAGUGAAGUGAAAUAAUAAAUCUUUUGGCAGAAAAAUUUAUUAUCUGUCUUUCUUUGAAGAGGUGCAUACACACACAACGCAGUUCAGUUUUCGCUUUUGAAAAAAGUUUUCUUACAUUACCCAGGAGUUUGUCUUUACUUUUGCCGCGGCAAGAUGAUACACAGUCUCACUAUUUUGUUUCUUAUUCUUACUCCAUUUGGAGUCUUGGCAGACAGUAAACCGCAUAUCAUUUUUAUUCUUGCGGACGACUUGGGAUGGAAUGACGUUGGAUUUCAUGGUUCGGGGCAAAUUUUAACGCCCAACAUUGAUGCUCUUGCGUACACUGGACUUAUGUUGCAUAAUUAUUAUGUUACGCCAAUUUGUACGCCUUCAAGAAGUGCCCUAAUGACAGGAAAAUAUCCAAUUCACACUGGUAUGCAACACAGUGUUCUUAAAGCCGCUGAACCCAGAGGACUACCACUUAAUGAAAAGUUACUACCACAAUAUUUGAAACAACUUGGCUAUAGUACCCACAUUGUGGGAAAAUGGCACUUGGGACAUUAUAAAAAAGAAUAUACACCAUUGUAUAGGGGUUUUGAUUCUCAUCUUGGAUUUUGGACCGGUCAUCAUGAUUAUUUUGAUCACACUGCUGUUGAGGAGGAACAAUGGGGCUUCGAUAUGAGACGUGGAUUAGAUCCGGCGUGGGAUCUUCAUGGGAAAUAUUCGACUCGAGUAUUUGGAUCUGAGGCUGUAAAAAUAAUAAAAAAUCAUACUACAAGUCAACCCUUGUUUUUGUACAUCGCUCAUGCAGCUACGCAUUCCGCAAAUCCCUAUAACCCAUUGCCAGCGCCUAUGGAAACACUUUCGAAAAAUCUCGCCUGCGAUACUGUUAGUCAACGUUGCAACUUUGCCGCCAUGGCACAAGAAAUGGAUACAACAAUUGGUCUAGUGAUUAAAGCUCUGUACGAGAAAAAUAUGCUAAAUAAUAGUAUCAUAGUUUUUUCAACUGACAAUGGUGGGCCAGCUGCUGGUUUUAAUUUAAAUCAUGCCUCCAAUUGGCCGUUGAGAGGUGUCAAAAAUACUCUAUUCGAAGGAGGUGUUCGUGGUACGGGAAUCCUUUGGUCUCCAUUGUUAACUAGAACAGGACGUGUGACUAAGCAACUGAUGCACAUCAGUGAUUGGCUGCCUACAUUUUUAGCUGCCGCCGCUGCUGCUGCUGCUAGCAAUACCACGACUAAUUUCAAUAUUGAUGGAAUUAAUUUGUGGGAUGCGUUGAAAAACGAUCAGGAAUCGCCAAGAAAAUCCAUACUUCACAAUAUCGAUGAUAUUUAUGGCAAUGCUGCCAUAACAAUGGGAAAUUUUAAACUUCUCAAAGGAUCAACGUACAAUGGAACUUAUGACGGUCAUUAUGGUCCAGAUGGGAGAAAAAUCCGCUACAAUGAACAACUAAUUCUAAAGCAUCCAACGAGUAAUUAUCUUCGCAAUAUUGGAAUGAUUCUUUCAGCCAAGGGAAUAUUAAGUCUGCGAGAAAAAGCCACUUUAAAGCAAUGUCCAGAUAAAAAUAACAAUCUUCCACCAUGUAAUCCCAUUAAAAAAUUAUGUCUCGUCAAUAUCUCUGAAGAUUAUUGCGAACAAAACGAUCUCUCAACUACGCAUCCUGAAGUCUUAAAAGAGCUUACGGAAGAGCUGGAGAAAUACCGAGCAUCAGCAUUACCGCCAGGAAAUCUUCCUCUAGACAAAAAAGCUGAUCCAAAUUUAUGGGAUCAUACAUGGACCAAUUUUGGAGAUUACCAAAUGCCAUUGUAGAAAAAAAAACACCAAUUUCAAGAAAUGUAUUUUAAUUAAUUGUACGACUAUAGAAAAGUUAAGUAAUAAAUUUUAUAAUUUGCUGUACGAGAACAA